AUGGUGCUGCCCCUGUUGAGACGGAAAUUCAAGCGUUUCCGAAUCCUCAUCAUAGGAAGAGCGAAUGCAGGGAAAACCACCAUCCUCCAGAGGGUUUGCAAGACACGGGAGAACCCAGAAAUAUAUAACAGCCACGGGAGAAAGGUGCGAAACGUGACACUAGUUUCUCAGCGCGGAGUGCACGAUAUCGAGAACGAAAUGGAGGACAAUCCGAAUUCGACAAGGUGAAGGCUUUUAUCGCAAGGCGUUCUAAGGAGAGAAAUUUGAAUGAACGAAUCCAUGUCAUAUGGUACUGCAUUCCGAUGGAUGAGGAUGGCAGGUCUUUCACGGAAGCGGAAGCCAAGUUUUUCUCUCAGUGUGACACUGG